CCCAGCCCCGCUGUGACACCGUGGUCAGGUUCUGGUCGCGGCACCGUGGCUGCGUUCCGGUUCCACUGUUGCCAGGGGCAGAACCCGAGUGCUCAGGCUUUCUAUGUCUGCUCUGCUUGGUAUGUGAGUGACUCCCACCCAGCCACCAAGCAGCUCCAUGAGGCUGAGGCUUGUGGUAGACAUGCUGUGGCUCCUCUGGCUACUGAGUCUGCUGACUUUGCCGACAGCUGCUGUUGCUCCACCGGUGCCUCCCAUUCCGGGCAGUCCACUGUCAGACACGGAGUACCAGCAAUUCUUUGCGAGGCUGCAGCCACUCUGGGAGGCAAACAUGUUCUGCCUGCUGCGCCAGGCGUACGGCUGCCUCAGUCCCACCAUUCUGCAGCUGGACCAGGAGGAGAACCACGGCCAAAUCCCCAGUGGGCCAGUCUGCACUGAUUUUCCAGAGGUGCUGCAGUUUCAGACCUUCUGCCAGUUCGCCCAGUACCGUUGCCUCAAACAGCAGUUCUACGUCAAGAGAGUCCCAUGUUCGACUUGGUCUCCAAAAGACGUCAUCCCGUCGAAGCAAUCUCACACUGUGAACUCCGUGACAGUGGGCAGAAGCUCCUCUGCCAGAGAAGCUCACAAGCAGGCUUCUCCCUCGCCUGCUCACGUGGAAAGGCUUCAGAACCACUCUCACGCACACCCGGGUCAGAAACCACCGUCAACAAAGCCCCCCACAACCACAUCAAAGGUGACCACGCCCUCACAGAAGAGCACGACAACUGUGCGCCCGACAACUGUGCGCUCACCAACUGUGCUUGUCCCGGCUGCCACUACCACCUCGCCCCUCAGGGUGGAAUCCUCUGAAGACCAAAGCCUGAAGAACAGCAUCUGGCAGCUGAUCCAUUCGGCCCUUUCCUUGGAUGCAUCCCUGGACGCCAAGGACUCUUCUUGGAACUUCACCAAGUCAGGUCCAGAAAUCACAUCAGAACAGGAAAUUCCCCCCCGAGGCAGCCUUUUAGCCCUGCAGAAUGACGAGGCAGUGCUGGUCCUGUGCUAUGCAGUGCUGGAGGGAAACUGUCUCUCGUCAAUGCUUGCCAUGGCCUGGAAGGAGAUGGAAAAAAGAGUCUUUGGGUUCGGAGAUUCGGUGUGUGACAACCUCGGGCGGCAUCACAUGGACCUGUGCCCUGACUGCGCUUUCUGCUCGCUGAAGAUGGAGCAGUGUCAGAACAUCAGAACCCUGAGCCGUGUUCCCUGCGACACAGGUGACUUCUUCACCUACAUCAACCCUCAGAUCUCAGCCCAGCACCAGGAUGCAGAAAAGCAGACCAGAUUCUCAGAUACCCUGGAGGACUAUGACUUGGAUUUUUUCAGAGGGCUGAGGUCAGAGUACUGGUGCAGCCGGAUGGCCACCCACGGCUGCAAGGACCCAAGUGUGAUGCUCUGGCUGGAGGCAGAGUAUGCUGCCUUCCAAAAGGGAGGUACACCAAACAAGAUAUGUGACUCCAGUGGAGUUCAGCACCCCAGCUACUGCACGUUCAAGAGCCACCAGUGCCUCCAGAAGAGCAUCCAAAACCAGAGGGUGACUCGCGUUGAAUGCAAGAGUAACGAGACCUACCAGGUGCUGAGUGAGAAGGAGGGAGAUGAGGAGGUGCAGCAGUGGCAUGAGAGGUUCCUCAGCCUUGCCAAGAAGCAGUCAGAAAAUCAUUAAAGUUUGAAAACAUCUUCAAGAAAAUCAAGUUCAACCUUUGACCAAAUACCACCAUGCCCACUAAACCAUGUCAUGUA